CACGGCGUCUCUUGGCUUGAAGACAGCGAAAGAGACGGGUUGAGCAUCUUGAAAGACGUCUGCAGCUGAAGUUCCAAAAAACAAACAAACAAAAAAAAAAAAGAACAUGUAUCUCAUCCGUCCACUGGAGGUUCUCACUCUCUGGAUUAUCUGCAUCUCGGGGGCUGACGCUGAGCUGACCUGUGACACGUUGCUUCUGUUGUCGGGAAACCUCACACUACGUUCGUUGGUAGCAUGGAACCUGACCUCGACCCCCAGCAACGUCACCGGUGUGUUCUGCAACAUGUCCAUCGAUGGGAUCGGGACCUGCUGGCCCCGGAGUCGCGCGGGAGAGCUGGUGACCCGGCCCUGUCCCGAGUUCUUCUACGGAGUGCGCUACAACACCACGAACAACGUGUACCGAGAGUGCCUCCCGAACGGAACGUGGGCGAUGAAGGGGAACUACUCGCAGUGCCAGGCCAUCCUGACCGAGGAGAAGAAGAGCAAGCUGCACUACCAGAUUGCCGUGAUCAUAAACUACCUGGGCCACUGCAUCUCUCUGGGGGCCCUGCUGGUGGCAUUCCUCCUCUUCAUGCGCUUGAGGAGCAUCCGCUGCCUGAGGAACAUCAUCCACUGGAACCUGAUCACCGCCUUCAUCCUGCGCCACGCCACCUGGUUCAUCGUCCAGCUCACCAUGAACCCCAAAGUGCACGAGAGCAACGUGAUCUGGUGCCGGCUGGUGACGGCGGCGUACAACUACUUCCACGUGACCAACUUCUUCUGGAUGUUCGGCGAGGGCUGCUACCUGCACACGGCCAUCGUGCUCACCUACUCCACCGACAAGCUGCGCAAGUGGAUGUUCAUCUGCAUCGGCUGGUGCAUCCCUUUCCCCAUCAUCGUCGCCUGGGCCAUCGGCAAGCUGUACUACGACAACGAAAAGUGCUGGUUUGGGAAGCGGGCAGGCGUUUACACGGACUACAUCUACCAGGGUCCCAUGAUUCUCGUUCUGCUGAUCAAUUUCAUCUUCCUCUUCAACAUCGUCAGAAUCCUCAUGACGAAGCUCCGAGCUUCGACCACGUCGGAGACGAUACAGUACAGGAAAGCAGUGAAGGCCACUCUGGUGCUCCUCCCUCUGCUUGGGAUCACCUACAUGCUGUUCUUUGUCAACCCCGGAGAGGAUGAGAUCUCCCAGAUUGUGUUCAUAUAUUUCAACUCAUUUCUGGAGUCCUUUCAGGGUUUCUUCGUGUCCGUGUUCUACUGUUUCCUGAACAGCGAGGUGCGGUCCGCGGUCCGGAAGCGGUGGCACCGCUGGCAGGACAAGCACUCGAUCCGGGCACGGGUGGCCCGCGCCAUGUCCAUCCCCACCUCGCCCACACGGGUCAGCUUCCACAGCAUCAAGCAGUCCUCCGCGCUGUGAGGGCCGCCCUUCCUCCUCCGGGCCGCCAGGGGGCGCUGUGAACAGAACAGGGUAACGCUCAUUUGAUGGAGAGGGCAGGUUCCGGCCUCACUUCUGCUAAAAACGGGGGAGGGUGGGGGCCGCACCCCACGGAACACCGGCGGUACACAAGUCAGGGAUGAGAGACCAAAAAAAAAAAUUUUUUUUUCUGAAGAUCGCACUGGUAGCUUUCCGGAAAAGACCAUUUCUUUGUUUCCCGUUGUACGGCCCUCUGGUUGGAUUUUGUCGAGAUUCUUGUGACCCUUGUCGGAUAAACGCUUGAUUCUGAGCGGUGUAACCCGUUUUUUCGACCUUAUUUCAACCUCACUCCCGAAAACCUCGACUGUGAUUACACUCUGAUAGGAUAACCGGACCAGGAUACCAAUGCAUGGGGAAUUAUACAGAAAAAAAAAAAGCCAAAUCCACAUUUUCAGGUAAUCCUCGUUUGUAACUGGAUACUUCCCUCUGAAUAUUUUUUUUUUCCUUUUUUGUUCUAAAAGACGAAUGAAUGGAUGGAAUUGUACAGUGAGAACUACGUUAUAUUCAGAAAUAUUGCAGAGAAUAAGCCUCCAGUUCAUCGUGAAUCGACUGAAGGAAGAACUUUCUCCAUUACCGUCUGACCUACUGUCUGUGAUAACCUGAAGCAUUCCCCCGCCCAAUCCCAGUACUUAUCGUGUUAUUGUAAAGGCAUAUUAUCUCACGUUUAAAGUGCAGUGCUUAUGGUGUUCGGUUAUACACACGCUGUGUACUGUAGCCUGCAGAACGUUGCACAAAUCUUCAAAAUGUGACUCUGAAAAUGAGACGUUUGUAAUGUUUCAUUUUUUCCCCCUUGGAUGGAGAGCACACUUUCCACUCUUGACAAAAAAGGAUUGAGGACCGGCGUUUGGGAAGACUGACGAGGUGCGAACGAAUUUUACCUGAACCAUGAUGAGCUAAAAGGAUAACGGAAAAUACACGAUCCAGACGGACUGACUGGGGGGACAGCCUUCUGUGUGCUGGUCGUGCAGACUGGGAGGAAUGUGCCGGUGUCGUAAAGAGGGAUUUCCUUCUCCUGCGAUUGCUUUUUUUUUUGAGAAGAAAAGCUGUCGGCUUGUCGCGUCUCUAAUCCCUCGCCUGGCGUUCCGCUCGCGUUUCGACCGUCCUGCUCGUGCGCACGUAGCCGGCGACAGCUGGGAGAGCUCGUGCUCUCGCAUCCACGAUGAACUUCACGUCGGUCGAGGUUCGGCUCGGAAGCACGCGCACGCGGAAGGACAGCUUGUGUCGUGUGAAGCAAAAGGAAAGACUUUGAGUCGCAUACCGUUUGAAUAACCCUCCAGUGAAGCUCUGCGAAGAGAUGAAUGUAAUUGAUGAAUAUCUCACAAGUGUGCACACACACGCGCACACACACACAAGUGCAGGUACACACACAGCCACGCUCCCGCAGUCUGCGCACACACACAUUUAAUCACUCGAUUAAAUCGCACGAAAACGGCUGGGAAACACAACUCCGGACUGGAGCGAGGAUUUUCCAACUCCGGCGCACCAACUCCCAACUCCUGCUUCUUUGUACGCGCAUGCUAAAGGUUCGAUCCCGGCUUUCUCUCGCGAACUGCUACCAAUUCAAUCACCUGACUGCCUUGAAAGCACACAUAUCAUGCUCCCUCAACAAUGUGAUGACACAGCAUUAUCACUGCAACGUUUCAAAUUAGUGGCCGUACGAAAUUAACUUGUUUUUUUUUGG